GCCAGGCUGGGGCGCUGCGGCCAGAGCCGAGGAUCCGGGACGUGGCUCCUGGACGGAGAACCAUGCUGGACUUCGCGAUCUUCGCUGUGACCUUCCUGCUGGCGCUGGUCGGAGCAGUGCUCUACCUCUACCCGGCUUCCAGACAGGCUGCAGGAAUUCCAGGGAUUACUCCAACUGAAGAAAAAGAUGGUAAUCUUCCAGAUAUAGUGAACAAUGGAAGUUUACACGAGUUCCUGGUUGGUUUGCAUGAGAGAUAUGGGCCUGUGGUUUCUUUCUGGUUUGGCAGGCGUCUUGUGGUUAGUUUGGGCACUGUGGAUGUACUGAAGCAGCAUAUCAACCCCAAUAAGACAUUGGACCCUUUUGAAACCAUGCUAAAGUCGUUAUUGAAAUACCAAUCUGGCAAUGGGAGUGGAAGUGAAAACCACCUGAGGAAAAAAUUGUAUGAAAAUGGUGUGACUAAGUCUCUGCAGAGUAAUUUUGCUCUCCUGCUGAAGCUUUCAGAAGAAUUAUUAGACAAAUGGCUCUCCUACCCAGAGACCCAGCAUGUACCCCUCAGCCAGCAUAUGCUUGGUUUUGCUAUGAAGUCUGUUACACAGAUAGUAAUGGGUAGUACAUUUGAAGAUGACCAGGAAGUCAUUCGCUUCCAAAAGAAUCAUGGCACAGUUUGGUCUGAGAUUGGAAAAGGCUUUCUAGAUGGGUCACUUGAUAAAAGUGCAACUCGGAAAAAACAAUAUGAAGAUGCCCUCAUGCAAUUGGAAUCUGUUUUAAAGAAAAUCAUAAAAGAACGAAAAGGAAGGAACUUCAGUCAACAUAUUUUCAUUGACUCCUUAGUACAGGGAAACCUUAAUGACCAACAGGUCCUAGAAGACAGUAUGAUAUUUUCUCUGGCUGGUUGCAUAAUAACUGCGAAAUUGUGCACCUGGGCAAUCUGUUUUUUAACUACUUCUGAAGAAGUUCAAAGAAAACUACAUGAAGAGGUAGACCAAGUAUUUGGGAAGGGUCCUAUUACUCCAGAAAAAAUUGAGCAUCUCAGAUAUUGUCGGCAAGUGCUUUGUGAAACUGUUAGGACUGCCAAAUUGACCCCAGUUUCUGCCCGGCUUCAAGAUAUUGAAGGAAAAAUUAACCAAUUUAUUAUUCCUAAAGAGACUCUUGUUCUUUAUGCGCUCGGUGUGGUACUUCAAGAUCCUAUUACUUGGCCAUCACCACACAAGUUUGAUCCAGAUCGCUUUGAUGAUGAAUCAGCAAUGAAAACUUUCUCUUUGCUUGGAUUUUCAGGCACACAGGAAUGCCCAGAGUUAAGGUUUGCAUAUAUGGUGACCACUGUGCUUCUCAGUGUGUUGGUGAAGAGACUGCGCCUACUCUCUGUAGAGGGACAAGUUAUUGAAACAAAGUAUGAACUGGUCACAUCAUCAAGGGAAGAAGCUUGGAUCACUGUCACAAAGAGACAUUAAAAUUGUAAACAUUUAAAAUCUUUGUUAAAUCAACUGAGGAAAAUGGCCAUUUAGAAAAUAUGUGUUGGAUCCUUUUAUAAACCAAGUAUUAUAACAUAAACACUAUUACUUCAUUAUGUAAAUUUGGAUUUUUAUAUAUAUUAUUUUCUUAGGGCAUGAUACACAUUUAUCCUUAUUGCACCAGUAUAUGGAUAAUUUUAAUAGGCAGCUUUAAUUUUCUACUUUUAGUUUUUAUGAUUUUCUAAGCCAUGAUUUUCAUCUUCUUUUUCUUAGCUUGAUCUCUAAAAUUCUUGAACAGAGAAAUUAUUUUGAACAAGUUGGGGAAUCAUGUUUUUGAAUAUUCACACAUACAAAAAAAAUUCGGUCUCCACACACCAAGAAGUCCUGACUCCUUUUUAUAUUUCCAAUAAAUCACCUUAAAGGGAAA